AUGUCAGCCAAUGGCCAUAUCUCGGAGUCUUUCGUCUCGACUGUUCUCGAAGGCAGCACUCUCACAGAUGUUUCUAUGUUGGCCUUCCCUGAUCCAAAACAUUUCGUUGCCAGGGAGCUUCAUUGUCAUCUUGAAUUGUGGUCUUACGUUGCUUCUUUGACCCCUUGCGACUUGGCGCCCCAAUUACUUAAUUGGAUUAUGAAUUCAGUAGACGUCCAUGAGUUUUUCCAACACUUUAAGGGCUGUUACAAAGGCGAAGCUUACGACUCCACCCUCCCACCCCGCAGAGUCUUUCUGAACCACCCUUCUAGCAAGCCGUUUGUCAAGUUCAUCUCUGCUAAACUCUUGGAUAGAUUGUCUACAGGUGCCAUCUCUCUAUGGGGAAAAGUUGGGGGGGGGGGUUCAACCGCCACACCUAGCUAUGCCAGUUUAUGCAAUGACUGUUAUCUCAACCUGUGGAUCGCAGAUCGCCUUUUUCAGUUGGAUAGUCUUCGUGAUGUUGUUAGAUACACUCCACUAGACUCUUUUCAGACCAUUUGCGAUGGUAAGUCCGGUUAUGACCAUAUUUUUUACUCAGUCUGGUAG